CUCGCUGGAAGGAACUAGCGUUGGAAGUGCACGAAAGCAGAUAAAACGGAAUGGAUUGCUCGUAAACAAAUCAGCUGUGGCCUUUUCCUUUUAUUUAGUGUGCCUGUGGACCCAAAAUAUGACACAAGAAGGCUUACUUAGCCUUCACAAAUAUAUUUUGGUAUGAUCGAGACUAGCGAAAUUCUGGAUCUUACCGACGGAAACUCUGCGGAGCGGUCAAACGAUGACCAGCACGCUCAUCAAGGAGCAGUCCUCAGCUCGGGGCAUCCCCUUCUACCCGGCAGACAAACCACCCCAAGUAUUUCAUCGCUUAUUAACGUAAACGAUAUAUCAGAAAUGACACCGAAAGAGGAUUCCAAUGGUAAAUAAGUCUAUAUUUUCCCCCUUAUUGUGUUGGCUCAAUAAUUUCACCCGGUUAUCGAAACCCUCAUGGCCGAUCAGACGAUGAUAGUGAAUGUGUCCUAUUUUCAGCCCAUGUGAUGUGGAUGUGCCGAAAUAUUGAGACUUAAUAAACAUGUCAGAGGUCAAAUUUUCUCAAGCAGUUUCUAAUUUUUACAGAAUUGAAUGCGCAAUAUGCACAUUCCUACUUAAAAUUAAGGUAUAGUUUUUUUACAUUAAUAUUCAGAACAGCUGAUUUAUCCAUCUACUAUAAAUACUAAAUGUCUGUGUGUCUGGAGGUGUGUCACAUUCACAAUCUCACACACACAGUCACACAGGCUUCAAGUAGGCCUACAUUAAAGUUCUUUUGACUAGUCAAGGACAUACCAUAUGACAAGGGUUAUGGUUACAACUUGGUUGCCCCUUACAGUACUUACAACUUACACCCUUUUAUGAUCAGAAUUGUUGGAAUAAAUUGUUGUUCAGCUGCCUAAUAAGUAUAAUUAUUUAAUUUUUAAUAGAUAGAAGGACCUAGACCUAAAGUAAAUUUCAGAAAUUUAAUCAUUAUUAUUAAUUAUAAAUUUGAUAAUACUGAUCACUGAUACAUUUAUUCAUCAAUAAAAUAAUAGGCAGAAACUGAAAUGGUUUUUAAAAGCAAAUUUAUUUUGAUUAAAGUUAAAGUAAACCAAAUUCAUUAUUCCCUAACAAGGAUGAUUUUGGGUUAGCGGCAAAAAUAAAAUAAGGGAAUUUUAAAAUUUAAUUAAUCAAAAUACAGCACUUUAAGCACGCUUCUAUUUUUUCACAGGUGUUGGUUGGGUCUUGGGGUAUAAGUAAAGAUGUGUUUCUUUUUUCCUUUCUUUUUGAAACUUUUAUUUUGAAUUUUAACACAAAUUAAUGGAACAUUUCAUUUCAAUAUACUUCAUAUUAACCGUAUCUUUUAAUGACGCAAGUAAUUCUCAGUAAAGAACAGGAAUGUUAUCACACGCAUCGUUCAGGUCUAUUCACCCGAAGUGUUCGGACUCUCCAAAGUGACAUCACUGCGCUUAGGCUUAGGGUGAGAAAACUCUUGGCACAAUCCAUACAAAAAUUAAAUAGGCUACUAUUUUUUCUUCUCAGGUUAUCAAUUUGAGUGACAAAUGAGACAUAGUACAUGGUGAAGCCUGUUUUGAAGUAUAAACAAAUCCCAUUGACGUCAUUGAGCAUUCACAUAGGUCUAUCAGAAGAUAAAUACAAUUGGAAAUUAUACAAUUGUUCUUGGAAUCACAUCCUUUUUAAAUUAUUACUUUCCCCACUUGUGUUAAGUUUACUGAUCAAAUUUUAAUUUAUAUAAAUUAUUAUCUGUACAAUAUGCCUGUAACCAAGUAGUUCAUUCUCAGUGCUGACUUUUUUGUUAGUGGGGAAGUAGGGAUAAAGAUAGGUAUGAAUACGAUCAGUAAGUUUAGUAUGAAAUUUAUUUUAUCUGGAUACAUUUUAGUUGUAAUAUGCCAUCCAUUUAAGAAUUAUUUUGUUUGCAAAUUUUUCACCCACUUGCAAAAAUUGCCAAAAAUAUUUAAAGAUUUUUUAGGUUGUUUAAGGGGCCAUCCAUAAAUCAUACAUAGGGGAGACAGGUUGUCACCUUGGAGAGAGUUUUAGAGAAACGUUUUCAAGGAUAGAGUUACACAUAAAAAAACAUCAUUAGAUAAAUGUUUAAAAAAAAUUAUGAUGCCAAGAUAAUUUUCAUAUAAUUUAACUAGUUCAAGUGACGAUGACUGAUAAAGAGAUAGUUAGCAAAUUCACUAUCAACUUUUUAAUCCACUGCAGUAUUAUAAUGUACUACGGUUAUGGCAAUAUGUUUUUUACUUAAAUAUAAAUAAAAAUCCUAACCAUUUUGUUUUGGAAAUAAUUUAUUUUCAGCAUCCAAUUCUAUGAUUGACCCGGAUUUUAAAGAUGUAAAAAUGGGGUUUGAGGAGCUGUGCCCUGUGUGUGGGGAUAAAGUGUCAGGAUAUCAUUAUGGCUUACUCACCUGUGAAAGUUGUAAAGGUAAGUAAUUUUAAAAUCUUCAGUCUACCCACUAACACCAAAAAACUUUUUGUAAAAAUAAGCAAAGGGAGAGCACUCUAUAAUACAUGCACCCCCAUGUUAUAACAAAAAUAUUUUUUAACACCUAAACAUCAACCUAUGUUUACAAAACAUGCAACAAAAUAUAGAAAAUUGAAUAACCUUUUCAAAAAUGUAUAGUUUUCUAUACUUUAAUUCACAAAUAUGUUUGCUUUUAAUUAUAAAAGUUAAGUUAAAAAAAACUUCCUAUGAAAGUUAUCAGCGUUGACCUCCAUGGUUUGUGUUUUACUUUGAUUUUAGAGUCUGGUGGAAUUUAGAAUCACAGCAGCCCUUGUGUAGAUGAACCUGGCACAAAUGACAACCAGUUGUUGUUUCCCUAGUUCUACCACUGUUCCAUCUUGUUACCACUUGAGUUUUCUUUCAGUCAUUGGAUGCAAACAUGUACUGACUGCUGUAUGGGCUGGAUCUGCCAGAGAUACUCAGUGUGUCAGGCUGCCAGAAUUUGGUAGCUGCAGUCAAAAGUUGGUCUAGUGCAGGCCUUGCGAAACAUCAGAUGGUUAUGGGCUUGAGAGUCUUAGGCAUUUAGAUCCUCUGCUAGAGGAAAAUAAAUUGUUGCAAAACAAUUCAUGAUACCUAUCCAGGUAUGGUGCCGUCACUGACAUAACUAUAUAAUAUCCCAGUCCAUGAUCUGAUGGAUUGUUACUUUUGCCAGAUAAACUUAAAAGUUAAGAAUAUAACAUUGUUUUCGCUUCAGCGCUGCACCAAAUUUUGUUGCUCCAAUGAGUUGGCUUGUUACUCAAGUACAUGGAUUGGCACAGAUUCCUAAUAUGGCCUAGUAAUGGUCUCAUUUUGGGGAUCAUAGUUCACACUAUUCUUGUCCGAAAUUUUUUCACUGUUGGUGAUAUGAAAAUACUGUCUAAUUUUUCAUAUUGGGUGCACCCCAUAUCAUCAACAACUGCAGGGACCCUCCAAAGUUUGUCACUAGACCAGUACAAUUUGUAGUGUGCAAUUUAUGUAGCUCAAACAUAAUAUUUAUAUACAAGAAUUUACAAAUAUUCUCAUUAGUAACAGCCUUCCACUGGGUGUCUUUUCGGCCCUUAGCAUACUGCUGUUGCUCAUCGUAUCUGUUGGUAAGUUCCUCCAUGGCAUCGGUUACAAACAGUUUGAAGUAGACUAUUGGACUGCUUUCAAUAGGAAGGUUAUGGAUGCCACUUUCUAUCUCACUAAAUAUCUCCAUCUUAUCAGUUACACUGGUCACAUUGUCUGAACAAGACUAAGUGACAGUCUCUUGAUUCAUCAUCAUCAAUGGCACUACAGCCCAUGUAGGGCCCUGGCCUGCUCCACCACAUCCUUCCAUUCGGAGCGAUCCAUGGCUUUCCGUCUCCAUGCUCGAAACCCUACUGGUGUAAAUCUGUCUCCACAUCAUCAAUCCACCUCAUCCUUGGGCGACCGAUGAGUUGUCUGCCCCUAGGCUUCUGCCUGUAUAUGAUUUUGGCUGCUCUGCAUUCCGGCAUCCUUUCAACAUGACCUGCCCAGCGUAUUCUGCCUUUUUUUAUCAUUGUGACUAUGGGUGGUUCUUUGUACAAAUCGUAAAGUUCUUGGUUUGUACGUAUUAUUGUCUUGAUUGCUUUCGUCAAUGUCACUUUCUUAUCUGCUGAAUAAUUAGAAGUGGAGGCAGCAAUCAGAGUCAAGAAACUGAAACGCCAUAGCCAAAUAAUUCUUGGAAAACACAAUCACAAAUUCACUAAGCUUAGACUAACUUCAACACCACACAGCUUUCCAAUCGUAAAUGGUAGAACAUUUGUUUAAAAAAAAAUAUAGAGGCAGCUUUGUUCUUACUUCUUUAAAAUCCCAAAGCUAUUAGCAAGGCAGCAUUGCUUCUCGCUAUAUAAUGUGUUAUGUAUAUAUUGAUAGGCGUGAUGGUGCAUUCUGUGGCAUUAGUGGCAAAGCUAAAAUGUCGCAUGUGGUUGCAAUAGUAGCGUAAGGGUUAAUGAUUAUUUCUCAACCAUGACCAAUUCAGUUAAGAAUAUAUAAUCAGGCUAUUCAUACUUAAUUUUAUUUAAAACUUAAAAAAAUACUAUAAGAUAGGACAAAAAUUAAAUGUUUACUAUUUCAAGUAAAAAUCUAAAAUUCUUCACAUAAUGAACUUUGGAUAUCUCACGACAGGAUUCUUCAAGCGGACUGUUCAGAAUAAAAAGGUUUAUUCAUGUGUGGAUAACCGCAAUUGCCAAAUUGACAAAAGCCAGAGAAAACGUUGCCCUUACUGCAGGUUUCAGAAAUGUCUCAGUGUGGGGAUGAAAUUAGAAGGUAAAAAUUUCACUAAAUUACUAAUUUUGUUGUCCUUUGUUAAAAAAAAAGUAUUCUCUUUGUUAAAAUUAUGUUACAAUAUUUUGAUAUUUUCUUGGAAACUAUUUUAUGUGAGUUUAGUGCUUAUAGUCUGCAAAUUUUUAUUUUCAGCUGUGCGAUCAGAUCGAAUGCGUGGGGGGCGAAACAAAUUUGGGCCCAUGUAUAAAAGAGACAGGGCUCUGAAGCAACAGGCAGCGAGGCAGGCUCAUGCCAUUCAUGGGGAACUGCCGAUGUUAACCAAUGGCAUGAUGGGAACGCCAGGAUCCCCAGAAGAUGUCAAACCCGACCCCCUGUUGCUUCAGGCCAGCCUGAAUUUGUAUUCUGGUGCCAUAUCAACUUCAUCUACCUCUAACCUUAUAUCUGGGUUAAUCCCUGGCCUCAACUGUUUGUCUGCCACCGCUGCAGCACCAUCAUCGUCUGCUUCAUCUGUGGUUGGCCACAACGGCUCCUCCUCUCCUCCCCCCGCCCACCCUCACCACCUACCACACAACAACCAGCACAACCCCCACCAAGGCCUUGCACCUAUGACAGCAUCUCAGGGCUUCUCAUCAAGUUUUGGUCAUAUCUCAGCUUUGGGUGUUCCCCAGCCACACAGUCCAAAGACUCACUACUCGCAGCAGCAGCAGCACCGCCAUCACAACAAUAAUAACCAGCUACUACAGCAGCAUCAACAACAGCACAGCCCCAUGGAGCGAGGUGACGACAGCCCUCCCGGCCAGCACCACCAUCCACAACACCAUGUGUCGCAUCACAUGCAGGCCUUAUCUGACAUUCAGCUUCAUUCAAGUCACAACCAGGCCCAGCUCCACGGCAUGAUGCCUCAACGUCGUCUUGUCAACAAUAAUAACAACAACAACAACUCUAUUGGUGCCAGUGGUCAGGAGAAUGAGCCCAACUUCCCGACCUCUUCCCAAGCCAGUCCUAAUGUGAUAGAGGCUCUCAGAGCUUUCCAAAUCCAAAGUCCCAUGAAUAUUGGGCCAUCAGAACAUUCGGUUUUAUCUCCUCUCAUUGCUGAAAUAAAGGCCACCAUGGGAGAUGAGACAGAGGUAAGUACCACCACACUUGACAUUCUUAAAGAGCUCUUUUAGCAUGAUCCCAGAGAUAUUAUGUAUUAUAAGACGUUGCCAUAAUUGAGUCCUAACAGUUUUUUUUAAAGUCAUUAAUUAUUAUUUAUUGGACUACAAGAAUCUUCCUAUUACUUAGAAGUUUAGCUUAACUUCCUCAAAACUGCUCUAGUUAUACAUAUUGCUUGAAAUAAUUAUAUUACAUGUAUAAGUCUUUUCUCUCUAUUUUUGCUAUCAAGCAUGGUUUUAUUAAUUUUUUUUUUCAAUUGACUUUUUAAAAAAUCAGACAGCUCAUAAAUGAAAUGUGAUGGUUUGAGACAUGAUUAAGCUGAUUUCCAUGGCUAAUUCAUACAUUUUUGUGAGGUUGUCUUGUUCAUUUGCAGUUAAUUGAGGGAUGGCCAACCCCAUAUGCGCCCCGGCACAUUUUUCCAGAAGUUUCACAAAUACACUUCUUUCUCCAUUCAAAGUACAUGAAAUUUAUAUCCGGCACUAAGUGUCAUGACAUGCUGCCCGAAAUAGUGAACUUGCAAUCAAAUUGGUGUGAGGCCAUAAUUUGGACUAGCCGUUAUUUCCCUCAUUUUUUAAAAAAUUAUGGAUUUUGAAGCAUAUUAAUGUUUGUAAACAUUCAACACAAUAUAGUUAAUAGUAUCUUUAAAUAUAGGUUUUGGAUUUACAAGUACUGAAUUAAAUUUAAGUAAAAUAAUAUUAGAAAAAUAAAUAAAAUCUUACUUUAAACUUUUUGAAAGAAUUUAAAACCUUUUCCUUAACUAAAAUUUCUCAUUAUAUUCUUAUUGUAAAAUGUUGUCAUGGUUAAAAAAUAGAUAUAUUUAUGUGCUGAAAUUGAAUUAGUACAAUGUAGUAAAAAAACAAACAUUUCCUUUUAUUUGGAUCAAUAAAAGAAUCUUAUCCUAUAAAAAUGAAAAUGAAAUAUCAAAUAAUUAACUAAAACAAAGUUUUUAAACCUUAUAGUAAACAAAAGACAUAGUCUUUAUUUAAUAAUAGUAUAAAUUGUAGUUGCUAUCUAAUCUAUAUGUAUUUCAGUUUCACCCUUUUAAAUUAUGAAUAUCAAUGUUAUAAUGUCAUCAUUGUCAUUCAAUUACACUGAUUGAUUUCUCAACCCCAAGUUGAUUAAUAAUUACUAAAAACUGAAAAGUUUAAUUGAAUAAAAAGGAAAUUUGUUAUUAUAAAAUUGUGGAAUCAUACAUAAUACGUAUAUAAAAAGUUAAAUAUUAUGUGAAAAAAACAAAACAAACAUAAGUUCUUUUUAGCACAUGCCUUUUAUAUAAAUAGAUAAGAUAAAUAAAUAUAAUAAAAAUGAAUGGUGCAAUUUAAAUCACCCGAGCCAUGUACACAUUGUUUGUGCCUAAAGAAUAUCUAUUACACAAUAUUAGCUCCCAAAAUUAGCCUAUUAAUAACAAAAUGUGUGUGCAGAUCGAUUUCUCUGUAGGCACUGUUAGCUUAUCUUUUUUUCUCUCACAUAUGCAGAUCUUAGAGGGAACAUUGCCAGCAAAGCUCUGACAAAUUUACCACAACACACUAACAAAAGCAGAGAGCUCUUAGUUUGGUCAAUAUUUUUAUUUCCUGUUGAGAAUUCUUUGUAGUAUUUCUUGAAAUCUUAUUUUAUUAAGUUGUUGUUGAGAUAUUUCAAAUUCUGUUAAGUAAUAAAUCUCUAUUACAAUGGUCAUUGAUUACCUGCUAAAUGCUAAGGCGCUCCUGCAUCAAAUAGCUCAUUAUUGAGACCAUGUAAAAUAUUAAUGAAUUUCUCUUCAGGCACUUUUCAAUCAUAGAACUGUUAUGUCUUCUAAUUGUAAAGGUCAUUGUGAAAGGGAGGGGGGGUGGUGGUUAUCUUUUACUAUAUGUCAUGGGAAGGGUUGAGGGACGACUGACAUUUUAUAAUCUUUCAGUCUGAUGCCAAUUAGGAUCUUGUUUACAAACACACAAAGAUAACUGGGGAUGGUCGUUAUUUGUAUUCCAAUGUUCUUUAUUUGUGUGGAGGAUGUGGCUAUGUGUACUUUAAUGUUUAUAGUUUUAGAAUUAGGAAAACCUGAACAACAUAUAAACCAUUGCUUGUAUUUUCUUGACACACUUUGUAUCUUAACAAUUGUGGAUGUUCAACAUUUAAAUCGACAAAAUCCCCAGCUUGAUUUGAUUCUCUUAAUAGAUUAAAAUAAUUAUAUAUAUUAUUUAGCUUGUUAAGCAAAUGCUUCUUUCUUUUGUUUAAUACUUAAAUUUUGAUUGUAUUUUGUUUUCUAACUGUAAAUAUCUGCUUUUGUUGCACAGGUUAAACACAAGAUGUUGAGCUUCAUGCAGAAUGAGUUGUCUCAAACAGAUAUCCUGUCAAGUCCUGAGCAGUUCCUCCCCCUGUUGUGUAGGAUGGUGGACCAGCUUUUAUUCCUCAUGGUCGAGUGGGCACGAAAUUCAUCUUUCUUCAAGGAAAUUAAGGUUUGUUUUUACCCAAUUGCUCAUUUGAUGGGAAAAAUGAUCCAAUAGAUUCAAACUGUAUUUACAUGAGGUGGAGAGACUUUAAAAAAAGUGUUUCUUUUUAAUUGCAGAAUUAAAAUUUUGAACAAAUUUUUAAUUAUUGCCCAACAACUAAAAUUUAUCACAGUUCGUUUAACAACACUUUUGAUUUGGUAAUUAAUUACCGUAAUGGAAAUAAAAUUUAACUGAAUAAAAAAUUUUAGGUUUUAAAAAUGAUGAAGUACUCCAUAAGAGAAUUUUUAAAAAAGUCAAUGCAUUGAUUGCUUAUUUUAAGAGGGAGUUUUAAUUUUGAUGUGCCAUUAUUUCAUCAUACUGUUUGGUCGGCGUUCUGAACCGGUUCAGUUAAAAUCAUAUUUGAUUAGAUUAAACCAGUGGUUACCAAACUGCACAUACUAAACAUAUAAACCUGAGCCAGUAGCUGCAUCUACCCCAGUUUUCAACUUGCAAACCAGUUAAGACAUGCCACAGGUGUUAAAAUGCUUAGUUUACUGACCCAACAGGUUGAAGACCAGAUGAAACUGUUGCACAACAGCUGGAGUGAGAUCCUCAUACUGGACUUCAUCUACCGCCAAGUCCACAAUGUCUGGGGCAAGGAAAUAGUCACAGUGAGUUGACUCCUUUUACUUGCACAGUUCUCUUUCAAUGUCCAGCAAAGUCUUUACAUCAGGGCUCUCAAAUCGCGGGUCAUUUGCAGCCCGCAAGACGAUAUUUUUUGGCCCGCUACAUGACAACAAUGUUUAGUUUUAAUGCGAUCCUUGCGUUGUCCCCAUUCUCAUAUUUAUAAUGUGAUCGCGCCAGUUUCAGUCGAAUCUCACCGACUAGUCUAAUUCUGCUUUUUAUUAUAUUUGUAUAGAUUUGGGCGUUCAUUAUAAUGAUAAAAACCAUUUUAAGAUCGGACUAAAAGUUUUUAUUUUAUAGCAUUUUAUUUGAAAAACAUAACCAAAGCGCCAUUUUGAGAAAAGUUUAAAAGGUCAUUUAGUGAGUAAUGCACAACCAUAAUAGUGUAAAUCGUAGCAAAAAGAAUCCCUAUUAAAAUUGCCGCUAGUGUUGACAAGUGAGGGAAAUUCCGAACCUGUCAGCUUGGUCAUUUUCAAAAUAGGGUUAGUCAAAAAAGCCUUUUCUACAAUAAAAAAACAACAACAUUUAUUCUCCCUACAACAUCAUCUUCCUUCGCAUCAAUAAUUCAUAAAUAUUGCCUGCUCCUGCCUACCGUUUGAACACGUUUUAGCAUUUAAAGCCUUCAUGGAGGAGGAUGGGGUGGUUGUAUCUGUACUAAGUGAUCCCAAAUGGGCUGGGCUCUUCUAGUGGACAUUACACAGGAGCUGAAUGUACUCAAUAAGAAGUUACAAGAGCAGGGGGCAGCUUGUCAGUGUUGCCUAUGACAAUGUCAGGGCAUUCUGUACAAAACUUGUGUAAGGAGUAGGAGGAAGAAAGUGAAGCCUAGCUCUUGAGAACCCUUAAACUUAAUGUUUUUAUUUGUUAUUAACUCUUUUCCCUCCGGAAUUAAUUUCCACGUUUUGACGGAAUUAUCUAUUUUGGGUUUUUGUUACGCACUACUAUGUUUUCUCUAAACCUUCAUAACUUUUUUUGUUUUUAAUCAGAAAAUGUUAAUUUUGGUAUGGAAUUAAAGGGAAAUGCAUGCUCUUUGCAAGCAAACAAGAUUUGGGUUUAAAUUUUAAUAAAUAAAUGUGAUUGUGAUUUUAGGAAAAUAAAAAUUUAUUUAAAAAAACUCACCAAAUGUUCACAAAACGCUCAUUCCAAGUCACACGAAGAGAAAUAUAUCAUCCAAAGUGUAACACAAAUGGUUUUUUCCUGAACUUUAUCUUUAUGUGCAUAACAAAUAAUAAAGAUCAACUUUCAAAAAAGAAAAAAAUUAAACCUCAGAGCACAUUAUCUAUUGUCACCGCCACACAAAAAAAUUAGCAAAAAAAUGAAAAAACUAAUUCCACUGGAAACAAUUUGUUGCUAUUUAGAAAAUAAUUGCACUGUAUCCUUGUCUGUACUAACAUUUAUUAUAGUCAAUGGAGAAUUUACCAUACAUUAGUCACAUAUUUCCAUCUGGGUUUAGCUAUAGUAAGCCUAAAAACAAUCCAUAUGGUUGUGCCCUUUAGCUGGGGGCAGGGCUGGUUGUUCAUCAGCUGAUGAAUUACCAAUUUCAUUAUUUUGUCACUAGUACUACUAAUACUAGUACUAGGAUUAUAAUCAUACGAUUCAACAGAAUCAGCCUCUGCGUUUGAAAUCAUAAAAUCACUGUCUGAAUCAUCAACCUUUAUUAGAUCGAUCACCAGAUGGGUCAGGUCAAAAUUUCUUGUUUGUAAACAAAAAUAAAAUGGACGAUCAAAACGACCGCUUCAAACAAUUCGUUCUUCGUUCAAACACAGUAAAACCGGAUGUUUAUGAAAGGGAAAUCAUUCUAGAAUUGAUUUAAAAUAACUAAAUACCAAUACAGACCUGUUUACUCUUACGAUUUUGGCGUACAAUGUACGAUUUUGAGGUGUAUAGAUUGUAUAUACUGUAUGUUUUUUUUUUACUAUGAAUAUAACGUAUUAAAUGACUUUGUGAUGAUAUUGUACGAUUUUUAAGAGUUUGAGGGUAAACAGAUCUGCCAAUAUCUAAGAAAAGAACGGAAAUAAACCAAAAUAAAUACAUCGUCGAUACGCCAAAAUCUUAAUUUCAAAUCGACGAUGGGAGCGUUGAUCUGGAGGGAAAGAGUUAAUAAAGGUUGAGCAGAUUGUAACAGUUGUACUUUAUUAAAUUUGUAAUCGCCUUGUUGUGGAAAACUUGAUGAGGCCGAGUCUCACUCAGACUACCUCCUGCGGCCCCCGGAUGGUUUGAGUUUGAGACCCCUGCCUUACAUUUUCAUCAUCUUAAAUCCUUAAGUGGAUAUUUCUUCUUGUCAGUAUUCUAUUUUUACUGCUAUAAUCUUUCAGAAUUCAAAUCUAAGUUUUAAGCUUAAAAAAACCCCAUUAUCCUUGAAAUGUUUGAGGUACUAUGAAAUAUAUUGACUCGUCACAAUUAAAGCUUGGUUUUUCUCCAGUGGUAUAUUUGUGAUAUCCGUAACCUAGUAUCUAAUUUGUUGACUCUAAUUGUUCCAGCCCAAUGGUCCUGGGAUUGGGUUUGAGAUACUGGACAAGCUUGGACUAGGGGAUGUCAAGGCCAAAGUGUUUGAGCUGAUCAAAAAAGGAAGAGAGUUAAAGAUGGACUUCACUGAAUACAUGUGCCUUAAGUUCCUUAUCCUGCUCAACCCGGGUUAGUCCUUAAAUAAUCUACUUUCCUGCUCAAUACAAUUUUUUGGCUCCCAUGGUAAUGAGCAAAUUUGUUGUAGAAAUAUUUUUUGUGGUUAUUUAUUUACAUGUAAACCUGGUAUUGUAUUGUCCCGCAGAUGUGUCCAGCCUUGAGAAUCGAAGCUUCAUAGAACAGAGCCAAGAGAAGGUGAACGCGGCCCUGUUUGAAUACUGUCUGCUGUUCUACCCUGAAAUGGGGGACAAGUUCAGCCAGCUCUUGAUGAGGCUGCCAGAGAUCCGCCUGAUCUCCAUCAGGAUUGAGGACUUCCUUUACUUCAAACACAUGAGCAAUGAAGUGCCUGAUCAGACUUUACUCACCGAGAUGCUGCACGCCAAGAGGCGCGGCUGAACACCGGAAGUGUCCCUGCACUUGUGAAAACCAAAGUGAGUUGAUGGUAGUGUGCACACUGGGUGUGGGUUGGGAUAGAGGAAAGCACCCUGUGUGAUGAAAGGGUUUGGCAGGUUAAUCCAAGACAAGACCGCACUGUUGGGAGCAGGCUUUGGUAAUGACCUCAUGAGAUAUAUGGAGAUACAGAGGAACAAUUACAAUUAUAUAUAGUGUUGCUGGAUGUUAAAGUAGUCUGAAGUUGCAGUAAUAGGGAUGUAAUUGCACAUGACUUUUACAGUUUGACUGUACUUACAGUGCAAAAUAUGGACGAAAAUUCCAGUUUCAUCAAGAAAUGAUUGGGAAAAAAUAAAGAUGAAGAAAGUAGCUACAAGUUCUAAUACACCAAGUGUUAUUUUCAAUAGGUAUUUUUGUUAAGUAGAGGAGUGUUGAAAUAAUAAAAACCAGAUGUAUUAUUUCAAACUUUUGUUUUUAACCAACUGCCAACUUUUAAAAUGUUGUUUUGUGAUGGGGCACUAAACCAUUGUGGUGAUGAUAGUGAUGACGGUGGCAAUGUGAUGAUAGUGAUGACGGUGGCAAUGACAAGGUGGAUGUGUACAUUUGGACAUUUGUAUUUUAAUUUCUCUCUCUAAAAAAAUAUCAGACAUCAAUUUUUACGGGUUUUAGCUUUCCUUGUGCAAAAGAUCAUUUCUGCUUCAUUUUUUUAUACUCACUCAUUAGAAUGGAUGUUCUUUUUAAAAAUCCUUUGCCUAUGAUCCUGAAUUUUUAGAGGAAGACUUGGAUAUCAUAUUUUAAAAACAAAAAUAAUUGUUACCAUUUGACAUUUUUUAAAAGAUUGUAAUUUCCUUUGUUUUGUUUUAGCCAAUGGCUUUUGUCAAUAGUGUGAAGAGUUAAGUUUGUUUGCACUCCGUGUUGUACAAAUACAUCUAUCUGAUAUUACAAUGUGAUGUGUGAGGGGGGGGGGGGAUUUAAGCUCAAUCUAAUUUUUUAAAAUCAUUAUCCAUUAGAAAAACAAACAACUCAUUGAAAAGUUAUAAAGAUUCGUAAUGUUAAAAGAAAAAAAAAGAUUUAAUUUUGUGUGUUGCACACAGACAUAGAUAUUUGUUCCUAAUGGUUAAGGAAUGUGUCUCUUUAAGUCAGCUAUAUUGAAGAAGAUAAGAUUCUUGUCUGUGUGGGUUUCCACUCAAUGGCAGUCUCUGUUAGUGGCAGUGUUUUGGUGAAAAUAAAAGUUAUGUUUCAGGGCUGUGCUUGAUAUGAUGAUCUAAUGUGCACCAAAUGGCAUUGUUUUCAUGCAAAGAUGCAGAGCUUUCAUUGUAACGUAUGGUCAGCUGUUAAAGUUGUGACCAAAGUUUUCAUUUGUGUUGUUGUACACCACCUGUAACAUCCUCAUUUGAAGGAAGACAAGCCAAGAAACUUUCUAUUUGUUUCUUGAAUUAUCUUAUUUUGGAGUGAAAUUUUGCAAAGAUUGACUGACCUCAAGCAGAAAUACAAGUGAAAUAUUCAGCUUCAUUUCAUGAGUCCUUCGGUCAUCUUUUAACUUAGAUAAGACAUGCAUGGCAAUACAGAGUUUCUCAAAUGGUGUAGACAAGAAUUGGUUCUCAAUAACUUGUGAUACUUAUGUCUGAUUUUGUUGCUGGUGUCAGUCAAACUAUCUUUCUCAUUUUUAAGAAGAGCCCCCAACUGUUCACACAUUUACCUUAGGAAAAUGAUUCAAUAAAUUUAAAUGAAAUAUUUAAAUAGAAAGUAAUGAUAGGGUAAUAUACCAGGAUUAAAGCCUUUCUGUGGAUGGUUGACCAACCUAACCCAUGGCUGCUGUCCAACCUAACCUAUAACUGUCGUCCAACCUAACCCAUGACUGCUGCCCAACCAAACUUAUAACUGUUGUCCAACCUAACCCAUGACUGUUGUCCAACCCAACCUGUGACUGUUAUACAACCCCACCCUCUGACUUAUCAAACACCAACCUGUGACUGUUCUACAACCCCAACCUGUGACUGCUGUACAACCCCAACCUCUAUGGGCUAAAGUGUGAUGCUAUGAAUGAUCUCAGAAUUAUUUCCAUUGUCAAAUUCAUCUGAGUAAUUUGUCACCUUCCAAGUUUUGAAAUAUUUCACAUGGACUGAGGCUGUCAUAUCCCAACAUGGACUGAGGCUGUCGUAUCUCAGCAUGGACUGAAACUGUCAUAUCCCAACAUGGACUGAGGCUGUCAUAUCCCAACAUGGACUGAGGCUGUCAUAUCCCAACAUGGACUGAGGCUGUCAUAUCCCAACAUGGACUGAAGCUGUCAUAUCCCAACAUGGACUGAAGCUGUCAAAUCCCAGACAAAGUUAAUGUUUCUCCAUAUAAUCCCCAUUGUUUGUUUCUGAAGUUUAUAAAGUUACCCUCAUGCCCCUCCUCCACACGUGGACCUUUUUGUGUUACAGUAUAAUGUGGGAGAUAACAUUAGGCUACAGUAUAAUGUGGGAGAUAACAUUAGGCUACAGUAUAAUGUGGGAGAUGACUUUAGGCUACAGUAUAAUGUGGGAGAUAACAUUAGGCUACAGUAUAAUGUGGGAGAU